AUGGAGUGGGCCCCUCAGUUCCCGGCCGAGAUGUUGGCCCAGCAUCGCGCCUACCUCCAGCCCAUGCUGUGGGCGUUUCUGAUCGGCAGCCUUCUUACGGUGAGCCUGUCAGUGUGGCGGCGUGCCUCGGGUCGGACGGCCGCCGGUCCAUUCCUAACGCGUCAACGGCCACGGCCCCCGCCGGACUACUUGGUGUAUCAAGGAUGCUCAGCGAUCACGCUGCAAAGCCAGAAGUACUGAGUGACUUUGCAUGGAUUACAGGGCCUCAUAUUUGCGCUGUGCACUCAGUGGGUCUGCCAAGAGCGACGCACCGCAAAACGAUUCGAAGCGACCGUGGUCUCGAUCGGCGCCAGCUUGACGGCAGCCGCGCUUGGGCUCGAAUGGCACCGCGCUACAAAUACUUCGUCCAACACGGCGGUGAUCCGAUCUACACGCUCGCUUUCCAUGCCGAGGACUAUGCGUGGACGAUUAUCUGCGCAUUGUGCAACAUCACGGGACAGAUUUGGUUCGUUGAGCGAGCAUGGAGGAGCUCGCAGUCGUGGCUGUUCCUCGGUGCUGCCGUUGUAUGCAUGCUGGGCGAGUUCGCGACCGCGCUGGGCGUCGCGGUCAUGGGAUUUCGCUAUGGCAACGAUCCGACGAAAUGGGUGAUGGUGCGUUGCAUACUAGUGGAACCGAGUUCAAGUCAGUAACGGUUCGCUGAGUUUUUGCGUGUCCCCGUGAUGGCCCUCAGAUCGGGCAAUUGUCAAUCGCGUUGGCCCUGCUCACCGUGGCUCUUGAUCUCCUCACGUCCGUGGUCUUGAUCGUCCGAAUCAAGCGGUUGAUGCGCACAGUCGAUGGAGCGCGGAACCGUCCUUUCGAAGCUUUGGUUCGUCUUGCAUGCGCCACCGGCAGCCUGACAGCGAUAGGUCAGUAAAGCGGAUUGGGAAAACUGCCCAUCGGCGAAGUAUCCGCCUGCUCAUUCCGUUGUCGACCUCAUUUUAUGAACAGUCGCUAUCAUCGAUGCCGUUCUGUACAUCACGGUGUGGACCAACUCAAAUGUGAUUACAUUAACUGCAGAAUCCAUAGGCAUCUCAUCUGAAAGUGUGCUGACGUGAUCUCUUCUCUCUCUGCAGGCCUGGUUGCCAUUCAUCGGUAUGUUCAGGACGACCCUUGCUUCGUCGAGGUCUUAAACGCAGGCUGAUCGGCUCUGGUUCCUUGCUCCCCAACAGAGGCACUUCCUCGCAUCUCCUUUUUGUCGUGCCUCAUCACCAUCAACUCGCGCGAGAGGUGGCGUACCGUUCUCGGUCUCACCCCUGACCCAAGCUCGAACCCCAGCUCGCGCGAACCCCGGCCGCCGGCGAGGCUCUGCGUGAAAACCAUCCGGGCCAAACUCGAUACCAGCGCCUUUGAGCGUUUAACCCAGGCCAGCUGUGGUCGGAAGGAUUGGCCGACUACAAUGGUCAAUGAAGGGAAGAUUGGAUCGUGCGAUGAUCUCGAGAAAGCCGUUUCGGAUCAGGAACAACCGAAUUACGAAAGCCCCUUCGACAAGCAAUCGCAAUCGCUCCCGAAGACGGGGCCGGUCCAGGUCAGUUUUUGUCAGCAGGCUCCUCUGAGUCCUCCCCGCGAGCCUUUGUCCUAACCCCUCCUACCGCCUUUUUCCAGAAGUUGCCGAGAACCAUUUCCCUCGCCUCCCUCAGACGAGCGUCAUCGAAUAGCAUCGCCCGCCACCCGACAUCCGCCACCGUCCAGCAUGUGAUGGUCGAGGUCAAUCGCGAGAUCGUGAUUGAGUGA